GAUGGCGAUGGCGUAUUGCUGGCCUAUCAGAUAGCAUUUGAUUUGUAUGAAAAUGCAUCGCAACAGUUUAUCAAUAAAAUUGCGCAAUCGCUGAUGGGAAGUAAUUAUGUUCGAGCUGCUAUUGAUGCGCCAACAACAAGCGGAGUAGACACAUCCACUGCGGUCGCAGCAGCAGCAGCAGGAGCAGCAACAGCACCGGAAACAACGGGACCGGUACCAAUGGAAACGGAUGAAGUGAAAACCACACCUGCUGAAACUGCUAAAGUUCCUACGCCGCUAAAAUCAGAAUCCACCGAAACGGCUGUUGCGGCUGUGCCCGGAGAUUCAGAAGAGCAAAAAAGUGAAGAGAAGAAGACUGGAGCCGAUACUGAGGGAGCACAAGAAUCUGGUGAGUCUAAAAAGAGUGAAGUCAUGAAAUCAUCUGAUACAGCAACUGCUGCGGCAGUCAGAACCACACAAACAGCUUCGACGACCGAUAAUGCUCAGGGAUCGGCUAGUGCAGAAUCAAAAAUCAAGGAUAAAGUUGUCUGUGAACGAUUACGAUCAAUUUUAUGCGGUGAACAAACAAUAAAACAUCAUAUGCAGUUUUUGAUCAAAAACAACCAUACAGAUAUGCUAAUUCUGAAGCAAACCAAAGAAAGUGGCCAUGAGGCGAAUGCAUUAAAAUUGCUGGAUCCGUAUUUGCCGAAAGGAGAAGCUGAUCAGUUUGGUUUCAAAGAAGGUGGUUCAUUAUAUGCCUAUGGUAAGCCUUUCAACUGA